CGUGCAAAAUGCACCGAUUCACAUUUUUGUCAAAACUUUUGCGUCAAGGCACACCUAUCGUGUCCGAAAAGGAGCACUCUCUUGUCUCACACAAGGUAUGAACUGCCAUAUUUUCCAGCCCCUUUAAAGCUCCUCCAACACAUCGGUGCCUUGUCGCCUACCUCCCCUGGAGUUUUUGUUUUCUCUCCGGUGAUAUUGAGGGCCAUAGAGAAACUCUGCACUUUCAUUGACUACAAAAUGGCCGAAGUUGGCGGACAGAAGUGCAUUUUCCCAACUCUGGGUAGUUCUCAGCUCUGGAGUCAGUCUGGAAGAUGGGAUAAGUUUGGUGGCGAAAUGUUCCGCCUUAGCGAUCGAACUGGCAAAUCAUUCUGCCUCCAACCAACUCAUGAAGAGGAAGUGUGCAGCUUUGUGAGUGGGUUGGGUAUAGGAAGUAACGCCUUGCCAUUGCGGGUGUAUCAGAUCUCUUCAAAAUUUCGCGACGAAAUCCAGCCUAAACUAGGUCUACUUCGCUGUCGUGAAUUUUUAAUGCAAGCAGAUAUGUACUCCUUCGAUUUGGAUGUGGAACAUGCUAAGGAAACAUACAAGACCCUGUCCAAUGUUUAUUCGGAGAUUCUCAGUUCACUUCACCUUCCGUUCUAUAGGGUUGAGGCUGAAGGCGGACUGAUGGGUGAUUGUCCAUCAGACGAGUUCCACUGCCCGCUUGCAGUCGGAGAAGACUCCCUGGUGGUAUGUCAAAACUGCAAAAAGGCUGUUCUCGCUACGCACUCCGUAGGUUCUAUGACGUGUCCGCAAUGCGGAUCUGAUCGCCAACUCAUCAAAUCAGUCGAGGUAGCGCACUGUUUUCUUCUUGGUAACACCUACACAUCCUCCUUUAAUGUGAGGGCAAGCACGCAAGGUGGAUACAAGACUCUGCAGAUGGGUUGCUAUGGCAUUGGGGUCACGCGUCUCCUGGCUACGGCAUUGGAGCACUUCACCACUACCCUAACUAAUGAGACCCCGCCCAGUGAACUUCGGUGGCCCCCUGGGUUCGCGCCAUUCAGUGGUGCCAUUGCCCUACAAAAGGACAACGCCAAGGAUGCACUAUCGCCGGACGAGUUAAGCCUACUACUGGCUCGUUUCAACGAAUCACCGCCGGCUAAUCCGUCGACGUCGAGUUUCUUCUCGGGGCUUCUUCCGCGCGGUGACAUUCUGAUCGAUGACCGACCACGCCUGAGCCUUGGACGGAAGUUGGUUGACCUUCGUCAGCUCGGUGUACCCUGGAUCCUUAUUGCCAAGAGUCACAAGGCCGACGCCAAAUCAAGUUACGAGCUGGUGGAUGUCACACGCGGCGUGUCCUCCAGCGCCAGUCUCGAGGAGGCGCUGAGCGCCUUCACCCACUCCGACUUCCGUCCUUCCCUCCACGACGGCAGCAGGCUGUGGCACCGGACAGACACUCGCUCGCACUAA